AUGGCUGUCCCUCUACUACCCAUCCUGGCAUUGACUGCAUUGGCACUCCUAUCCUUCUACAAGUUCAUUAUCCAUCCCCUGUUCUUCCAUCCCCUGCGGCACAUCCCCUCGGCACACUGGUCGAUCCCCAUCUUCGGCGACCUCUGGAUAGCCUACCAGCGAUACCAUGAGAAGAACAAUACUGUCACUCAUGCGGCCCAUGUCAAAUACGGCAGCGUCGUCCGUAUGGGCGCAAAUGAGUUGAGCGUCAACUGCGUCGACAACGGCAUCAAGACCAUCUACUCAGGCGGCUGGGAGAAGCAUGCAUGGUAUCCGCAGCGAUUCGGUUCUUACGGAGUCAUGAACAUGUUCUCCACCAUCCACCACCAGCCACAUUCCCAGAAGAAACGAACCAUGGCAAACGUAUAUUCCAAAACACACAUUGCCUCAUCACCCCAGAUCGCCGCAAACUCACGCACGUUAUUCUCGACCCGCUUCCUCCCGUUGCUCCAGACCUUAUCUACCACGGGCCAAGCGGUCGAUGUGCACGACCUGAACAACGCAUUCACCAUGGACUUCAUGUCGGCCUACCAGUUUGGCUUGCGCGCAGGGACCAAUCUUACCCAGGACGUCGCGACCAGACACAGAGUCUUGCACGAGUACCACUGCCGCCGGCCUUACGAGUUCUUCUCAGCCGAAAUCCCAUGGCUGAAGUCGUUGAGCCGCAAGCUCGGGUGGCCGGUGGUGCCGCAAUUCGUCGACGACGCCAACAUGUAUCUCGAAAACUGGAAUGCUAGCAUGUGUCGCGAGGCCGACAGAUACCUGACGACAAGCGCCAGCAAUGAUACCGACGCAGACUCUUCCUCCUAUGCUGGAGACGAUCCCGUGGUGUACAGACAAUUCAAGACAGGCAUCACAAAACUGCGCGAGAAGGAUCCCUCGGCGGGCAGGGCGGUCGCGGGCCAAGUCACGUUGCCGACGAUACGGCAUGACGUGGAUGAUGGCACUGAUCCAAACGACACCACCACCGCAGAGGUCUACAGCGAGAUGCUCGACCAGCUAGGCGCCGGCCACGAGACAUCCGCGAUUGCCUUGACGUAUCUGUACUGGGAGCUGAGCAAAAUGCCGGCGUUGCAGAAACAGCUGCGAGAGGAGUUACUGACGCUGACGCCAACGAUCGUGUGGCCCCCAAAGAAUGCAGACACCGACACUGACACCGACACCGACACCAGCGUUAACAGUCCCGGACACUUCCAGCUCCCAGAACCCAAGCAAAUCGACGCGCUGCCGCUCUUGCACGCCAUCGUCAUGGAGACUCUGCGUCUGCACUCCCCCAUUCCCGGCAUCGAGCCACGCAUCUCACCACACGUACCGGGCGGCAGCACGUUAGGUCCCUACGCGGGCAUACCUGGCGGCGUGCGUGUCUCGUCCAUGCCGUACUCGUUGCACCGGAACGAAGUGGUGUUUCCAGACGCGGAGUCCUUCAGGCCUGAGCGCUGGCUGCCGCCGCAGACGACCGAGGAAUACCACCUGAGCAGUUCGCACAGCUACACUUCUGAGGACCACCUGAAGGAGAUGCAUCGCUGGUUCUGGGCCUUCGGGUCGGGUGGCCGCAUGUGUAUCGGCAGUCAUCUGGCUUUGCAAGAGAUGAAGUUGCUUGUCGCGGCGCUCUAUUCGAACUGGACGACGGAGAUAGUUGACGACGAGGGUAUCGAAGAGGUUGACGCGUACACAACCAGACCGACGAGUAACAGACUCACACUGAGAUUGAUGCGUGUUUGA